AUGUCGACCGACGACACGCUGCCAUGGACGACUUCACGAUGCAAUCGCCUGCUGCGCCCACUCUCGUCCAAACUCGCGAAGCUGCGCAAAGAGCUUGAGCGACCACGAACCGUCAGCACCGAAUCGCGCAAUGCCUCCUCUGCUUUUGCGAUCAAAGGCUCUCCACAAAAGACGACCAACUUCACCCGCCCCGCGAACAAGCCCCGAGGCUUCGAGAAGGCUAGAGACCCAGACUGGCGGCCAGGCGCGAAGGCAGGGACGGGCAAAAAGACAACGUAUGGUGGCCGGGGUCGAGGAAGAGCGCCGGCAUUGCAGAGAAACGGUUCUGGCACGGGCAGGGAGAAUGUCUCUCGGCCGGGCGAGAUCGCGUUUACGCCUCUGAUCUCGAGGAUGGGCGGACAGUUGCACAGCAGCCCACAGAUUCCAAUCUCGCCCCUGCGCAAAUACUCCAAGAUCAAGGGCCCCCUUCUGGCUCCGAUGAAUCCGCCCGCGACACAUGUACCUGGCGAGAUCCGCAAGCUCACCCAGGGACUAUCCGAAGCCUACGCGAACAUCCUACAAUCGACUACAACGGGCGGUGAAGCGAGAUGGAAGGGCACAAGGUCGCUCAUGGGUGCUUGCUUGAGAAGGCUCCCGGCCUACAUCGAACUCGAAGAGCAUUUCGCAAAACUGGACAAGCUGGAAGAAGACGGCGAGGAGGAGAGGGACAUUGCGAAUGAGAUCUACGAACACCUCGAAACACAGUUCGAGCAAGAGCAUGGCCAGGGUUGGCGGCCUUUCAAAUGCGUUGUCCGGGCGCAUGCCACGACAUUGGUGUGCGAUGCUGUAACAGAUGAGGUGCUUGGCCUAGACAACGUGCUGGUUCUCGUUACGCAUUGUCUGAACUCCUCCGCUUGGGAUGAAGCUGAGAGGUUGCUGCUGGCGUAUGCACCGCUCCUGGAGUCUGUGUCUAUACCCAUCAACACGCGAGCGGACCUGUUUGACCCUCAAAAGUCGCCCUACCUGUAUUCCGUGAAGAGCUUUGUGCACCACACAGGACGCUAUCGCUUGCUCUACGAUCUGCUAGAACACAUGGUAGCGUUCGAACUUCUACCUCUCGAAUGGCUCGCGACAGACUCCAUGCGCCCGGUCUGGGACCGACUGGUUCGAACGAUCACCGAGAACGACCGUCGGACGCUUGCAAGUGCUUCCCGGUUUUUCGAAACGGUCACCCUUGCAAGUAUGGGAUUAUCGGAUGCACGACUUCUAGAAGAUGAAGUCACUGGAUCUGUGUCGAGACGAUUCGUGCCGUCAUCUCGAGAGGAGCUUCGACGCGCGCUAGACACUACCUUCUCGAGCCUACUCACUGUCUUGUGCAGCAUUGCUUUGGUCAACAAUAGUCGCGACGAUCCCGCAGGGAAAGAGAUCGUACGGAGAGUCGCAUCGGUGUUAGACUCGGUUGUCUUCGCUUUAUCUGCCCGUGAAGACAUCAGGGAUGAGCUGAAGCUUCUUGCGCCGGAGUCGGACGAUGUUCAGCUCAUGGCUCAGCGCGCUAUCUGGAUCAUAUUUGCAUCGUACCUGGUGCAUCUUGGGGGCUCUGAGAACCCGGGCAAAGCAUCACUAGAUUCCUCCACCUCCAUUGGACUCGUCAAUUGGGUAGUCAACCAAUAUUCAUCAAACAUCGUCAACCUUGCAUCAAUAUUCGCAACUAUUCCAGCCCUAAUCUCUUCGACCGCACGCGGUACGGGGCGCAUCUGGAAGGACGAUGGUUUCCACCAACUACAGCGACUCGUCUCAGCGCUGACGUCGAGCUCCGGUUGCAGACUACCCCAUAAGCUAUGGACCCUGAAGCGGCUCGCACUAGAAUCAGCCAGAGACUUUGCCCAUGGCACUGGUGAUGCUGAGCACAUGGCUUACGUACGCAAUAUUGAGAAGAUGAUGCAUACACAAGGCCGCCUAGUUAUCAUGCAAUCACCACAGAAGAACGAGUCGCCCACAGUCGGUGGCGGCUUCAGAUGGGAGGAGGGCAUUGGUGAAUGGGUCACCUGCACACCGUUCGCAAAGCAGAACAUUGAGCGCCAGAUAAAAGAGCCAGUCCGAGCAUUGGAACUCUUGCCAACUCCCGUACAGUCUGAAGAUGAGAAGACAGAAGCAUCUGAUAUUGAGGAUGGACUUCCGAGUGGCAUACCAGACACACCAGUGUGGGAAGUCACGGCUCUCGAAUACGACGACAACCAAAUACCACAAUCGUCGCCCAUCAAGAAGAGACCGCGGGUUUCCACCUCUUCACUCGGAAAACGAACUCGCGCACCAUCGCCAAAGGUCGUCAUAUCCAUGAAGCGUAUGCAUAUAACACCCCCCGAUACCCCACCAUUCAGGUACUACUCUGAGCUUCCUGAAGAGAAGCACGUCGGUCCCAGGCGGUCUCGACGUCCGAAACAAGAGUCCCAUGCAUCUGCUGCUCGACUGCGCACCCAACGUUCCAGAAAAUCACUUGAAAGUGGACUGCGCAAUCUUAGAAGACCUGUCUAUGCGGAACCAGCACUUGAGGUCACCGACACCGACACCGAGGCGUCCAGUUCCUCGCAGGAUGACUCAGGGGAUUCAUCAGUGUCGGUGGAGAGUGUGCGUAUCAAGACUGUUCAAACAAACUCUCGCUCGUCGGAGCGCACUCGCACACGCCGUUCCCUUCCGACCGUUCUUGCCUUCCACGAUGACGGCGACAUAUCUGAACGCGACGAGCUCGGCAGGACACCCGCUCGUCCUCGUCUCCCACUCCGCAAACGAACAAGCGUUCGCCAGUCCAUUCAGCCACGCACGCAGUGGAUGAACUCACGCAAAAGCAUAGUAGCAGACAGCGAUGACGACAGUCAAGACGAGCUGAGUUUCUGUUAG